GGAUCGGAGGUGAUUUUCAGGGCUUGUCUUGUCUCCGGGGCCCCUGGUGGCAGUGGGGGUGAGAGGGGCCCCCAGCAUUGCAGUUCCUCAGCCCCUCACCCACCCUGGUGAUUGGCAGGGACAGAUGGUGUGGAGGGGCUGCGGGCAGACCUGGGUUGCAGUUCCUUUUAUCGGUGGCAUGGAAUAGUCAUGUUGUCCAGGAAGGGGAUCAUCCUCGAGGAGUAUGUGCUGACCACCCGCCUGGCCGAGGACAUCAAUGAGCCCCGGUACAAAGAGAAGGAACGCCGCGCGCGCUUCGUGGCCAAGAACGGCGCCUGUAAUGUGGCCCACAAGAACAUCCGGGAGCAGGGCCGCUUCCUGCUGGACGUCUUCACCACCGUGGUGGACCUCAAGUGGCACUACACCCUCCUCAUCUUCACCAUGUCCUUCCUCUGCACCUGGCUCCUCUUUGGUAUGUGCUGGUGGCUCAUCGCCUUCGCCCAUGGCGACCUGGACAACAACGAGGAGAGCUUCGUGCCAUGCGUGACCAGCGUCCAGUCCUUCACAGCCGCCUUCCUCUUCUCCAUCGAGGUGCAGGUCACCAUCGGCUUCGGUGGGCGAAUGAUAACGGAGGAAUGUCCUGCUGCCAUCUUGGUCCUCAUCGUCCAGAAUAUUGUGGGCUUGGUCAUCAAUGCCAUCAUGUUGGGUUGUAUCUUCAUGAAGACGGCGCAGGCCCAUCGCCGAGCCGAGACCCUCAUCUUCAGCAAGCACGCCGUCAUCGGCCUCAGGAACGGUAAGCUUUGCUUCAUGUUCCGGGUGGGUGACCUGAGGAAGAGCAUGAUCAUCAGUGCCACCAUCCACAUGCAGGUGGUCAGGAAGUCCAGCAGCAUGGAGGGUGAAGUUCUGCCCCUCAACCAGAUUGAUAUCCAGAUGGAGAAUCCCAUCAGCACCAACGGGAUAUUCCUGGUGUCACCGCUCAUCAUCUGUCACACCAUCAAUAAGGACAGUCCCCUCUACAACAUCUCAUCCUCCGACCUCACCCACCAUGAGGACCUGGAGAUCAUUGUCAUCCUGGAAGGGGUGGUGGAGACCACCGGCAUCACCACCCAAGCCAGAACUUCCUACUUGGCUGACGAGAUCCUCUGGGGCCAACGUUUCGUCCCCAUUGUGGCCGAGGAAGACGGAAGGUACUCGGUGGACUAUUCCAAGUUCGGUAACACGGUGAAAGUUCCAACGCCGAAUUGUACGGCCAGACAGCUGGAUGAGGAUCGCAGCAACUUGGACAGCUUCUCCCCCAAAAGCACCAUCCGAAAACGGAACAUGGCGGUCAAGGUAAAGCCAAAGUUCACUUUAUAUAACGAUGACCCCGCGUGACCCCAUGAGAACUGGUCCAGGGGCCCCGGGGCAAAUAUUAUUCUAUGCAGUACUGGGCAAUCCUCCCGCCAGGAUGAAGAGGUCCGAAAUUCCCGUAUAGGA